GCGGUCACAUGGCUUGUGUUUGUUUGUUGUUCUGGGAGGGAGGGGUCAGGACAUUUGUGCAGAGACCUGAUGGUUUUUUAUGCUUGUACAAGAGAGGAGAUUGCCCAGAGGGGAACAUAAUCUACAUAAUAAAAAAAUCGGCGCCUGGCCAUAAAACAUGGAAAUCCCAGCCGUGAACCUCAAGGCCAUAGUUCUGGUGCACUGGCUUCUGACCACCUGGGGAUUCAUGGCCUGGCUGCCCUCUUCCUAUGCCUGGGGAAACUUCAGCGUGCUGGGGGUGGGGGUGUGGGCCAUCGCCCAGAGAGACUCUCUUGAUGCUGUGCUGAUGUUCCUGGUUGGGAUGACGAUGACGCUGCUGACUGACGUUGUGCAUUUCGGCGUUUACUAUCCCCUGGCGGAGGGCCUGGCCGAGAGGAGCCGGGACACCUUCCGCUUCAGCGUGGGUAUGGCCAUACUCAGCCUCCUGCUGAAGCCCAUAUCCUGCUUCUUCCUCUACCAGAUGUACCGCGAGAGGGGCGGUGAAUACAACGUCAACUUCGAUCGGUCCCCACGUCCUGAAUCUUGGCCCUCAGAAUUGGAGACUUCAGUGGACAGUCGGUGCACAACGGAUAGUGCUGACAGUGCCCUGCCCAUUCGCCGCUACUGAACCCCAAACCCUCCCUGUCGUCUUCUGUGGCCUUACUUCCUUAGCUUCACAUCCACAAUUACACUACGUUCUAUUCCCCUUUCCAUUAAGUAGCCAAAGAAUAAUGUGUCACUACUACAAUUUGGUGAAGUAAAAUUAUUUAAAUAUUUGUUGCAAUGGGAAAAAUGUUACUGAUCAGGUCUUUGUUUUGAGCAAUAAACAAUGGAGGAUUUCACAUUAUUGUGUAACCACUUCAGUGGGGACAAUGACAGAGCAGUAUUACUAUUCAUUCUUUAACAAUAGUUCCCAGUGAAUAAAUACACAAAUCAGUCCAGAGAGAUUGGUAAAUAAAUCAUGAAAACACGUCCCUAUCAAACAAUCAUGCAGAGAAUUCCCAUCAUGCCUUAUCAUGCUGUAAUGCCUGCUUGACGGGCUACGGAGUUCCCUUUCCUGUGUUGUUACAUGUCUUUCGUUUUGAUUCCAUCUGUGCUUCUCCACUCCUAUGUGUAACCAGCUGUGUGUACUGCUGUGUAAAUUCAUCAUGGCUGUCAGAAAAAAAAAUCACUUUGUCUUGAGUUUGUUUUUCGACUUGUCACUUUGCUGCCAAAGAUACGUAUGUCCUUUAUCUGUUCUUAACUGUAUGUUUUUCAUUCUUAUUUUUCUACUGACCUUCUCAUUUGGUCUUGCUCAAAAAAAAAAAAAAAUUGGCAGUUGUUUCAGACAAUCAUCUGUCACAACUUUGAGGAGAAAUGCAGGUGUCAUUGCUCAUUCUUUGGAGGGGUCCUGACAUUGCACUUCAUGCAAGGGUUAAGAUGUUUUUAGUUUAAGAAAUGUAUCCAUCUGAAUGUUUUUCCUUAUAUGUGAAUUUAAAUUAAAAUGUGUCUAUUA